AAUAAAAAUCAGAGAGAGAGAAAGAGAAGAGUGGGAGGGAGGUCGCCUUCCUCAUUGCUUCAACAUUCCAACUCUUCUGCAACCCCACACCUAAGACUAAAUAUACACUUAUAUAUAUUAUCUAUAUAUAUUUAUUUCUCAAUUACCCAAUUUGCCCCUGACCGUUCUUCCAUUGUCUCUCUGCCUCUUCGUCUUCUUCUACCCCUCAAACUUGUAUAUAUAUUUAAGAAAACAGAGACACAUCAUCAGCUCGUCUGUGUGUCUAUCUGUAACAUAAAACCCACAGAGGAGCCUCAAGCUUUGCCAUUCUCUCAGCUUCGCUUCUCUCACAAUAAUAUUCAAAGCAAGCACAAAGCAAUGCCUGGAUUGGCUAUGGAUGCACCGAAUGAGUACAGUGAAGUAGAUGAACCCAAUGGAGACUAUGCGCCUCAAAAGGAAAGCUAUAGUCAGCAAGGCUCUCCAAGAAGUCCAUUGAGUCCUCAAAGUCCUCAGAGUGGCUCCAUUGGUCUGGCUAUGGAUGGUGGGAUUGACACCUCUAUUGAGCAGUUGUAUCACAAUGUCUGUGAGAUGCAGAGCUCUGAUCAAUCUCCAUCCAGGGCUAGCUUUGGAUCAUUCGGUGCGGAGUCGAGGAUCGAUUCCGAAUUGAACCAUCUUGUUGGAUAUGUUCAUGAGCAUUUGGAGAUACGAAAAGAGGUUGUGAUAGAAACUAAAGAGGCGGGUACUGGUAGUGACUCAACACCUGAGAAAGCAAUUGUGUCUGCUGCUAAAAAGUCCCCAACAACAAGGGUAAAGACACCGUCUGCAAAAUCAAGUCCUAAGAGCAAAUCUCCACAUGAUAAGCCUCCGCUUGAUAAGAGGUAUGAGAAGAAUCCGAAAAAAUCCAAUGCAGUAUUCUCAAAGAACAAGCAGAGAAGUUUUGCUUUACAUGGGGUAAGGUUUCAGAAUGGAGUCGGGGAUCCUCUUGAGGCGGGAAUGGAUAACCCUGACCUUGGCCCGUUCUUGCUUAAACAAGCAAGGGAUUUGAUUGGUUCUGGUGAAAAUCCCCAGAAAGCGCUUGAGUUAGCUCUCCGGGCAGUGAAAUCGUUUGAGAAGUGUACAAAGGAGAAACCCAGUUUAGAGUUGGUCAUGUGUUUGCAUGUUUUGGCAGCAAUCUAUUGCAGCUUAGGCCAGUAUAAUGAGGCAAUUCCAGUUCUUGAGCGUGCCAUUGAUAUUCCAGCUAUAGAGGAUGGCCAAGACCACGCACUAGCCAAGUUUGCAGGGUGCAUGCAAUUAGGUGAUAUUUAUGCAAUGACUGGUCAGAUUGAGAAUUCAAUACUGUUCUAUACAGCAGGUAUGGAAAUACAAAGGCAAGUCCUGGGAGAAACAGACCCUCGUCUUGGUGAGACAUGUCGGUAUGUAGCAGAGGCCCAUGUUCAAGCAUUGCAAUUUGAUGAGGCCGAGAAGCUCUGCCAGAUGGCUCUUGAAAUUCACAGGGAGAAUGGUUCCCCUGCUUCCCUUGAAGAAGCAGCAGAUAGAAGACUCAUGGGACUUAUUUGUGACUCAAAAGGAGACUAUGAAGCUGCUCUUGAGCAUUAUGUUUUAGCAGGCAUGUCCAUGUCUGCCAAUGACCAGGAAGUAGAUGCUGCUUCAAUUGAUUGCAGCAUUGGAGACGCUUACCUAUCCUUGGCUCGGUAUGAUGAGGCAGUGUUUUCUUACCAGAAAGCACUCACUGUGUUUAAGACAACUAAAGGAGAGAGUCAUCCAGCAGUAGCUUCUGUUUAUGUUCGUUUAGCUGAUCUGUACAACAAGAUAGGAAAGUUUAAGGAAUCAAAGUCGUACUGUGAAAAUGCACAUCGAAUUUAUGGGAAGCCCAAUCCUGGCACCCCCUCAGAAGAGAUUGCCAGUGGUCUUAUUGAUGUUUCUGCUAUCUAUCAAUCUAUGAAUGAUUUGGAGCAAGCCCUGAAGUUACUCAAGAAGGCUUUGAAAAUCUUUGGUGACGGCCCUGGCCACCAAAGCACAACUGCAGGAAUUGAGGCUCAGAUGGGGGUCAUGUACUAUAUGAUGGGAAAUUAUUCUGAUUCUUAUGACACCUUCAAGAGUUCCAUAUCAAAGUUUAGGGCCACUGGAGAGAAGAAAUCUGCCUUGUUUGGUAUUGCACUCAACCAAAUGGGUCUAGUCUGUGUUCAGCGUUAUUCAAUAAAUGAGGCUGCAGACCUGUUUGAAGAAGCAAGGAAUAUCUUAGAAAAGGAGUAUGGGCCAUAUCACCCUGAUACAUUAGGGGUGUAUAGUAAUUUGGCUGGCACAUAUGAUGCAAUGGGAAGAUUGGAUGAUGCCAUUGAAAUUCUGGAAUAUGUUGUUGGCAUGAGAGAAGAGAAACUUGGAACGGCAAAUCCUGAUGUGGCCGAUGAGAAGCGGAGGUUGGCUGAGUUGUUGAAAGAAGCAGGCAGGGUUCGGAGCAGGAAACCCAGAUCAUUAGAGACUCUUCUUGACACUGCCAACUCCAGAAUCAUAGAAAAUGACAUCAUUGAGGUAUUAUGAUGCAAUCAAGUAUAUAGGCUCGUAUAUGUAAAGGAUGUCCUAGUAGAGGUUUAGUUGGUUUGCGAUUGUUAGGUGGUCUUGGAAAUUUUUAAAGAAUAAGUGAAUGACAGCAGGAAAGAGAUUCUGGUAUGAGUUUAAUAAUUCCAAUAUUUGUAAGUGUCAAAAGAAAAAGGUUUGCUUGUUAUUGCUUCAAUUGUUUCUAGACGUGAUAAAAUUCCUUUGUCAGAUUCUUCUUUGUAUGUCUCAAUGUCAAUACUCAAUAAAGAAUUGGUGGAGCAUCAUUUUCUUUUGUUGGUGCACCGAAA